UAAACAUCGUCUGUAAACAACUGUUAAAAAAUAACUAUCAGCUAUCAGGUAUCAGGCUAUCAGCUCAGCUUUGUAAUCAAUCAGAUAUUAAAGAAGUAAAAUAGUUUUUAGAAAUUCUAAUUCAUCAUGGCUGAAGACAGUAUGGUGAAAACCUUAAAAUUUGGCAAAAUGCCGGAAGGGAAAACUGCACUUUUCAUGUGUGAUUUACAAGAAAAGUUCCGUCCUGCAAUGUUUCACUUUACGGAUGUGGUUUCAAACGCGAAAAAACUGGUGGAAUCAACUAAAAUACUUGAAAUUCCACUUGUUGUAACAGAACAAUACCCUCAAGGAUUAGGAAGCACUGUCAAUGAAAUCAACAUUCAACAUGCUGUUGGCACAAUUGCUAAAACAAAAUUCAGUAUGUUUGUUCCAGAAGUUGAAAACAUUUUAAAAACUACAUGUAAUGGACAGUUGAAGUGUGCUAUUCUUUUUGGAGUUGAGGCACAUGUUUGUGUGGAACAAACUGCAAUUGAUUUGAUCAGCAAUGGAAUAAGUGUACACAUUGUGGCUGAUGCUACAACUUCAAGGACUCAAGAAGACAGAUUGCUAGCCUUUGAGAGACUGAAGCAAAUAGGCUGUUUUAUUGCAACAAGUGAAAAUGUUAUCUAUAAACUCAUUGGUGAUAAAAAUCAUCCCAAAUUUAACGAAAUUCGUCCGCUUAUUAAAGACACUACGGUUGAAACUGGCUUAGUGUCAAAAAUGGGUGAGUCUGCAAGUGCACAAAUGUCUUGGCAGUUUCAAUUAGAACUUGCACACUCUGUUCUCACUGAGCUCUCAACUACUGAUAGAUUCCGUGCAUCACAGAAGGCCAUAUUUGAAUUAAUGAAAGAAUUGGUGUUAUUAAAAAACGAUGAAAACACGAAAAAGCAAUUCAGCAAAGGCAACGUUGAAUUGUGUUUUACGCUAGAAAAGGACACUAAACUGGAUAAUCAACCUUUAGCACCGAAACUGUCCAAUAAAGAAAAGAACUGUUCAACCUGCGGAAAGUCAUUCUCGCGGCCUCAAGAUCUCAAACGUCACUUGCAGACACAUAAUAAGACUUCCGCUUAUUUAUGCGAAGAAUGUGGUAAGAGUUACCGAAGUCUUGAUGGACUGAGUUACCAUAAGGCCUUGAAUCACCGUGAGAGUAACGAUUCAUCAGAGUUUUUAUUGAAGUGUUCAAAAUGCAACAAAUCCUUUACUAACCAGAUCCAGUUGAACGUUCAUUUGAAAAACAGUCAUCAUAGAGCAAAGUCAGUAUAUACCUGUGAAAUUUGUAUUCCAACAGCAACUUUCGAACGCAAAGAUGUAUUUAAAAAUCACGUAGCAUUGCACGAACGAGUCAAACCUUUCGCAUGCCGAAUUUGUGAUAAAAAUUUCUCCAGUCGCUCAAACCUACAAUCUCACGCGCGAACUCAUGAUGCUUCAGUUGCUCUCCAGUGUCCAAAUUGCUCGAAGAAGUUUAGUUCAAAGAAAAAGUUGGAUUCACAUAUUCCUGAAUGUAUUGCGCGGAAAUCUUGUCCUUCUUGCAAAUUUGUUUGUCAAAGCGAAGAAGAGAUGACUGAACACACAAAGAAAGAGCAUCCAGCAGAUUAUGCAAUACAUGAAGUCUUUGGUCACGCCCUCGAAGAAUUGAGCUAACCGCAUCUCAAACGCUCAAUUUUAUGUUUAAUAAAUGAAAUUAUUGAAAUUAUGUCGUGAAAAUACAAAAGCAAACAAAAACGUCACGUAGCCUGAACAUGUUUUUUUUUUCAAUAAUUAAUAAGGAUACCGCUUACGGCUAUUCCGUGUUCAUACACAAACAAAGAUUCAAAACAAAACAAAAAAACGGCUUUUGUAUGAUAUGACUGCCAUCUAUUAUCAAAUUCCUAAAAAUAAGAAUUCAAUUAACGCAAUAUUAAAUAAUAAAUAAAGGUGCCGCCGCAAUUUACGCAAUGAAUUUUCACCGAAAUAAUAAUUAAAAAAAAACGAAUCGCUGUGUUGCUGGCAGUACCGCGCAACCGAUCUAUUUUGAUUUUGGCAUGAAACAUCAAUCCUCAGCCGACGAUAAAAACGUCUGCUUGCAGUCACAUGGCAACGGAGUUACUUGUCUCUCUGGUUGUAUCUAGUUGUUGAACUAACGUAAACACUCAUCAUAACAGGACCAUUGGACCAUCAAGAAAUACACUCUUGCACCUUAUUUAUCGUCGCCCCAAUCCCUUCGGUCGACAUUCCAACGUGGACUU